AUGCCCUCGUACGAGGGUUUCCAGAGUUCCGGCCGCACGCCGCUGCGUGUAUAUGGCCCGCAGCCGACCUACAAGACCUAUGUUUCUCCUUAUGGGCCAAAGACAAAACACGUCCCGAACCUCCUGGGUCUGACCCCCCUCAAGGCCUUCCGCUACGGCGCAAUCGCAUCCGGCUACGGCAUUGCAGCGGGCCUGAUUGCGGUCUUUUUCUUGGGCGACGUCCCCCGCGUCCGACACGACAUCCUGCAGAAUAUCCCAGUCGUCGGCGGCUUAUUUGUCAAGGAGGAGAUCGCCCCGGAGGACAAUCCUUUCUAA